UCUAAAUCUCUGAACCCCCAUAACGAUGGAAUCGGUAUGAUCAGAGGCCCCUGCCAAUCCUGCAUCGGUAUCUGAAGGUAGCUCAUUGGUUUACAGAAAACAGGAGCAGAAAUAUCAGAGAAAGCAGAACUUUAAAGAGGCUGUUGAGCCCACCCGCAGCAUCCGGACCUCGCUCCACAAAUGGUUAUAUAUAAGCACCCAGGACUCCACUAUCUACAGGAACUUCUAACUUCCUUCAAACAAGAGCGUCCUUUAAACACAAGACAUGGAGUCCAACUCCAGGUCCACCGUGGUCAACAUCAGCAGCAGCGAUGUCCCAAAGGAUUAUGUGACCUGGUCCACAUUUAACACUGUGUUCAUGAACAGCUGUUGCCUGGGUUUCCUUGCCUAUGUCUUCUCUGUGAAGUCCAGGGACAGGAAGAUGGCGGGCGACGUGAUUGGGGCCCAGGCCUACGCCACAACUGCCAAGCGACUGAACAUUGGUGCCGUGGUCGUCUCCAUCAUCACGUUCAUCGUAAUUAUCAUUAUAUCCACCCAAAGAAGAUAGACGAUCGCUGCGAGGAUGGCACUCCACGAAGUAUGUGCUCUUCGUAUACAGAGUCGGUGGAUUAAACCCCCCUGCGCUGUUUCCUCGGGGAAUGCAUGCAUGUCCUCCGCCCUUCCCAGCCGCCACUUAUCCUGGCCCCGACCUGUCACUGGAUUCCUCGUGGGAUUGUUAACCUAACACAUCAGCUCCCAUUGGAGUCAAUAAAGUG